GUUUGCCUUGUCUCACUUUACCAGUACAUCAAUAGAAGACUAGUCUACUUGUGUAUGAAACUAGUAUAGAGUAUAGACUGCAUAAUAUUUCGGUGGGGAUUGCAAAAUGGCGGACCACAUACCUGAAGAUGUGAUAGCGAAGAUCUUCCAGAGGUUGCCCGUCAAAUCCUUAAUCCACUUCACCUCCGUUUCAAAGCGCUGGCGCCUCAUCAUUCUCCAAGAUCCUCACUUCGCCGCAUCCCAUUACCAAAUCGCUUCCCACAACAAAACGCUCCGUCACAGUGUCUGCUUCCGCAUCCACCUCGACUCUGACGGGUUCUUCGAAUCUCAAAUGACAUUGUCUUCUUUUCCAAUUGUGAAGAGAGACCUUCGCUGCCCGUUCAAGAAACCUCACAGCAUGGCUUACGUGUACUGUUCUUGCCGUGGUUUGGUGUAUGCAGGUGUUAACGGGAAGCAGAAGAUAGAGAUGUAUGUAUGGAACCCAUCAACUGGACUCUCCCAGAAACUAUCUGAUCCUGGUGUUAUAGAUGAGUAUCAGAUCUUUACUGGUUUCGGCUACGUCUUGGCCACCCACGACUACAAGAUUCUCAUCGCCAACUCUUGACUUGAGGAGGGAGAGCAUGCCAAGAUCCGCAUCUUCUCAUCGCAAUCCAAAUCUUGGAGAAGGAUUCAAGAUUCUCCAUAUUCGGACUUGUUUAUGACAGUUGUGGGGAUUCUUUGUAACGAGGCACUUCAUUGGCUGAUGUUCAAUGAUGAUGAUAUUGUUUCUUUUGAUUUAGCAAAUGAGAAGUUUCGGACAAUGGCGCUGCCUGUUGUUGGGGAGGAGUAUGGAGGUGACUAUUUCAGACAUGUAGGAGAGUCUGGAGGUUGUCUGUGUGUGUUUGGUCAGGCGGAUGUUACUGCUGCCUCUAUGGAUUUGUGGGUCAUGAGGGAAUAUGAUAAGGGUAACUCCUGGACUAAGCUUUUUAAAGUGAGGGUUUCCGAUCAGCCUGAUGAGCAGAUAAGUUUUGUCCAGCCAAUCUUGGGUACUGAAACUUGUACAUUUCUGGAGAUACAUACUGAAUCAGGAGGCGGGCCGAAGCUGGUCAGGAGUUAUCAUAAGGAAGAGAAGACUGAAGAGGUUCAUAUGGAUAGAUAUAGCCGCGAAAUAAUUGGGUAUGAAGAGAGUCUACUUUGGCUUGAGUAA